ACCAGAAUAUUAACGACGAUUAAUUUUGAGGUAUCGUUGUUAUAGAGAGCGAGUCUUGUAUCUUUAAACCGAUGGUAUUAUUGUGUUUGAGAAUAUUGGGAAAUUAACGAUUUAGGUAUGUCUUUAAGGUUGAAUCCCGUGACCGACUACAGAAUGCCCACAUUGAUAGGGAAGGCGGGAUUUCGUAUGUCACCAAGGCGACUCUCCACCAUUAAAUCGAAAGCACGAGGCAUAAACCAUCUCGAGGCUUCACCACCACGUAAUAUUCGUGAUGUCAGAAAGAUGAUGAGGUCAGAGAUUAAAAUGCUGACGAAACGAUUGAUUCGACUAGAGAGGUUAUAUUACGGAACCGACAAAACUAUACACGAUGAAAUCGAAACGUACCUUCGACCAAUUAAAUCUGUAAUGAGGGCAGUAUUAGUGUUUGAUCUCAACAAAGCUUCAAAUAUCGAUGAAGCCUUCUUUCGAGCCAGCAAACCAAAACAAUACCGCCCAAAUAAAUCUGACUUAAUUUUAUUGAAGGAAGUUUACCUUAAGCUUCAGUCAUUUCUUCCAGGUAAAUUAUCUGACAUCGUGGAUUCGUGUGAAAAACUUUUAGUCAAUUUAGAUAAAUAUUGUAUAAGUUUCUAUAAUCGCACAUCGGAUGGAUAUAUCGGGUCAGCCGCCAACUUUGAGGUCCAAAUAGGAAAAUGGCGUCAAGAGAUCAAAAACCACAUGUCGAAUGCUAAAACCGGUUUUAUGAGAUUUAAAGGCAAUGAAAAAAUAUCUUUAGAUACUUCCCAUCUUUGUCCCCAAGUUCGAGAAUUUGCAGAAUCCACAGAUUGUUGCAAUGUCCUUUUCCUCGUGCUCUUCGCAGACGCCAUUUCUAAUAUACGAGCUGCCCUUCUUUUAAUGACGUCGUGGAUGAAAACAGAUGAGAAUUAUGGAUCAUACGUCAGAGCUGAUGCGCGUGAUUUGGAACGUGCAAAAGAGGAAAGAACGAAAACUCUUCGUGACGCGAAAGACAGAUAUCAUUCCUUGACAUUUAAACUUAGUCAAUCGGAAGCGGAUUUGCAGAAACUUACGAACGAGAGUAGAAGUUUGGAGGAUAAACUGGAACCAUUAAAAGAAGAAGAAUCAGAACUCGUUGUCAAAAUACGCGAACUCGACAUAGAGAUCGAGUUUAAAGAGAAAAAGAUGGUGCAGAUAAAGAGAGAAAGCCAAUCGGACAAAUUUCUACCAGAAUAUUACGAGGAAAUUGUUGAUGAUCUAAGAGACUUAAAAGACAAAUUACCAAUUUAUCAAAGACAACUGUCUGGAAUUCGGUACAAGAUACAAUGGCUUACGAACAAGAAAGCCACCCGUGACAAACUCGCGGCAGAGUGCAAGGCUUUAGCAAGACAGUUAAAAGAAGCUGAAUUUGAGAAGAGACAGGCCGAGGACUUUUAUGAAGAAGCUACACGUGCAGUGGAAGUUGCUCGUAGAAUCAGUCUGUGUAAAAACACGAAUGAUUCAGCCGAGAAACUCUACUACAGUAUACCAUUUGGUCCCAAAUCUGAUAGAGACAAAGGAUCAUUAAAUAGCUCUCGACCACUGUAUAGAAUAUGUGAGAUAAUAUCUGACAAUAUAGAGAAAGAUUGGAUGAAAUUAUACAGAAAUUUACUAUUCCACCCAGAACGAGGUUAUCACACCAUAGAACGAGAUAUCGCUCAAAUUAACGAAUCACGUGAUCGCGAUGAACUUCUCGCAAGACACGCAUUGGAUAGAUGGCAGCGACAUCACACGAGAGCAAAGGUCGAAGACCUAAAAGUGGGAUUAAGGAAAAUUCGGCGAUUUGAUAUUUUGAAAAUGGUGAAUGCGGAGCUUGACAUUCCUGAUCAAAGUAUCAGUGAAAAGGACUUAGAGGACAUGGCACCAUCACGUGAUCCGGAACUUAUCCCCUAUCUAAAACAAGUUGAACUAUUUGACCGACUCAGGGCAGCGGGAAAAUUAAAAUUUGAAUUAAGAGAGAAUUCUGUGGCAGAGUUCUAUUGACAUUUUUGUUAGAUAUUAUAGCCUUUAUAAUAGUAAAGUAUAAACCCAUGAUGCUGUACAACACGUUUUAAGAAAAACGGGGGCGAGAACAUUACCAAUAAUAUUACCACAAUAUUCCAGUAUGCGUCUGGUUUUUGAUUUUCCAUUUGUUUGCUUUCAUAAAAUCCCAUCAGUAACACUAAAACGUAGUACAUGUAUUUGGUAUACCAUAUGUUGUGUGAAAUCUCAGUUUCUGUGUUUUAGCAAAGUGACCGCCAUUUAUCCCAGCUAUAAGCCGAGUCCCAGCAGUAACAGCCUGAUUUCUGGAAUUCAGGUUAAUUGGCCACCGAGUGGGAUUUCCGUUGGAACACUUUUUAGUUGCUGUACUCAAAGGCUUUGAACAUCAAUGAAACGUAUUUGCGGCCGUCUAGUUUUCAAAAUUUUCAAGCCGGGUCUCCCAGACCCCUCGGUGGUGCGCCUGGCGCCUUCGAUGCGUUUGCCCACAGCCGGCUUCCAAACAGGUAAUCCUACGCUUAUAUUCUGCGAGCUCCACAACGCUCCGGCUUUCUGUGUAAGGUUGAUUAUAAUAAAUAAAGGGAAAUAACUCGUAAAUUA